AUGUUCAAUGUUGCUGCGUUGAAGGUGAUGGGGAGGAUACCUAACGUAAGAAAUGUAUGUACUGGGAAAAAGGGGUUGAGUAUAGCAUAUUUUGGUAGCGAUAAAUUCAGUGUUCAGUCUUUAAAAAAAUUAGUAGAAUAUCACAGGAAGAACCCAGGAAAGGUGUCAUCUAUAGAUGUCAUUACAAGAAGUAUCAAACCUACUGGUCGAAAUUUAAAAACCUUUGUUGAUGUACCUAUUGGUGUAUAUUGUGAAGGGGAAAAGCUAAGUAUUCAUAGGGCAGAUUCAUCUCAUGAUAUCAUGAACAUUUUGUCCAAACGUCAAUUUAAUCUAGCUAUAGCCGUGUCAUAUGGUAAAUUAAUUCCAGAAGGGUUUUUGAAUAGUAUGGAUUAUGGUGGGUUGAACGUGCAUCCGUCGCUAUUACCUAAAUAUUCGGGGUCGUCGCCAUUGCAGUAUGCAUUGAUGAAUGAUGAUAGCUUUACGGGGGUGACGAUACAAACAUUACAUCCAAGUAAGUUUGAUAAAGGCGACAUUAUACUCCAGUCUGAUCCUAUACCAAUUGCAGAAACAGAUAAUUAUGACAGCUUAAAAAAGAAAUUAGGAGAAUAUGGAAGUAAUCUACUAAUAAAUGUGGUUGAUAAUCGACUUUUUGAACAACCGAGAAAGACGAAGAAUAACCGUUAUACGUUUUCCCUUGCAUCAAAAAUAAAGCCUGUCCAAAGUGAAAUACGAUGGGAUUUAUUAACCUCAAGAAAAAUUAAACGAUUGAAUGACGCAUUGGGACAAUUACACUCAUACAAAUAUUGUGAUAUCCGUAAGAAGAAGAAAGAAAUUAAAGAAACUCAAAAAGUUAUAUUCAAUGAUAUUGAAUUGACCAACCAUUAUCCUGAAGAUUUAUUGCAGCCAGGGGAAUUUGUGCUAAAUGAAAAUAAGAAUGAAUUGAUUGUUAAAACUAUAGAUGGUGCUAUAUCUGUCGGGAAAUUAAAAUUUCAAUACUGUGCUGAAGAGGACCCGAAAACUUUUAUGAAUUAUUUAACGAAAAGAUCGGGGAAUACUAGUCGUAAGUUUGUAUCUCAAUCGCAAACGCAAAUGUAA